AUGGAGCCUGAGCUGAAUUGCAGCUCCCAGUGUGAUUCCCUUCUCUGCUUCAUCCACUCUGGAGUCAACAGACAGGAGGGCCUUGACAUCCUGCAGAGACUAUGUGGUCUCAGCACGGUACAAACACACACGUGCAUUCAAACCAUUGACUUUUUAUAGAAUAGACUAAUGGCCUUCAUUUCCACUCACUGUGAGAUGUGAGGUCAAAGGGCAGCUAAUCCAUGUGUUGACAUAUUGUGGUGGUGCAGCAUGCAUAGAAGUGACCUGGCUGGUAGAGUCGUGGGACAUCUCACCCUCUUUUUCAUGAAAUUCAAUAACUCUUGUGUUGGUACUGGUUAUAUUUCCUCCAGCCGUUCCCUUACACUCAUCAAGUCUGUUAAAGAAUAAUGCAGGACUUCAUUUCUGCCAACAAGGCUGUUAAUCAAUUAUCAGUCAACUAAAUAAAACUGCACAUCUCAGCAAAAUCAACCCCAAAUGACAAGAACAAUGAAUGCAGUUUAUUCUGAAGGCAAAGCAGCUCCAAUUCUGGAAACUAAACAAAAAGACUCCUGCUAUAUAAAUGAGUGUGUGUGCAUAUACUGUAGUUGAACAUGGUGUGGAGAUAUAUCUAAACUUAUACGUACACUGCAGGCACUCAAUGCUUAAUUUAAUUGGUGAACACUUGAAGUUUUAAAGCUACCACGAUGUACUCUACAGCCCAUAAUUACUGUCUUUUAUUGUAUAUGCAAUCAGUUAUUGCGGCAGUCCCUGUAAUAAAUCAAAAUAACACAAUAUUGGCCAAUUCAAUUUAAAUUUUAAUAUUAAUAUUAAAGCAAUUCACUGCCAUAAAGCCAUUCAAUGCACUUUUAUUGAUAAAUUUGAGCUUAUGGAUUACUUAAAACAGCUGUAAAAAACAAAACAAAUAACUUAAGAUAGAAAUAUGUCACCAAAUCCAAACAGCAACUAUUUACAAUAAUGUUAUACAUUCGUUUGGUAGGUCUUGGUCUUGUAAGUUCGUGCUGUUGUGUUCUGGGUAUCUGACUAUGUGUUCAUCAUCGCUUCAUCACUUAUUUUUUUGGGAGUGAUGUUUUUUUUUAAGUCUCUUUUACAUGUUGUCUUUUCAGUUUCUUAUUAUUUGGUAGCAGUGAAUGUGGUGAAUUAAUACUUCAGAAUGUUGAAACUUUGGACUGACCAGCAAAACUUUUUCGGGUAUCAUCUCUGUCGCUGGUCCUUUAAGAGGAGAGUGAGCGGGGCACGGUACGGCAACAUGAGGCGGGCACAAGGAAGACGAAUAUAACUUUCAAAAUAGAAACUACAGUAGUAGAGAAAGUGUGUCAGGGAGCACAAACAAUCUCUGACAGACUCCUGUCCUCUCCAUAUCAAAACACAGACACAUGACACAGAAAGGUAAGUUAUCUUUGAUUUCUUUUACGUUUCUGCUGUUAGUUAUUGUAUCUUUACAUUGGCUUUUCUGCAGAUUUCAUCUUCUGUAGAAAGGAAGAGUAAGUAGUUAGCACCACUAGUUUGGUCUUUGUUGUGGUAGUGGAAAAUUGUGAAAACUCAACUUCAGAGGACUUAACUGAUUUUUCAGUCGCUGUUGUUGUAAAGUUAAGAAAAUUGUUGGAAUAAUCCUUUUUUUAACAUUGUCUGUUAAACUCAGUGGACACUAACCAGUAGACACAGAGAAUGCUCAGGGAAACUGAAAUAACCUUUGAUGAAAUAUAACACCAGUCGUAUGCUACUAUUCGUGGACAUAGACAGCUUACCAGGCUUAACUGUUUUUUCACCUAAUAGUGUCAUGUAAGGAUUAAGAAUUGGACCAGGGCCAACUGCCACAUAAAACCCCACCGACUUUUCUCUCUGGAUGUGUUCCCAGGUAUGGCAACUGCUGGAAGUGUGCUGACUGAGGAGCAGCUUCUUUGCCCCAUCUGUCUGGAUUUGUUAAACCAGCCUGUCUCCACUCCCUGUGGGCACAACUUCUGCAGAGACUGUAUUCAGGGUUACUGGCAGAGUGCUAAUCUGUCACAGUGUCCUGUUUGCAAGCAGAGGUUUUUCAGAAGACCUUCGCUCAAAGUUAACACCUUCAUAUCUGAAGUUGUUAUUCGGUUCAAGAAGUCAUUGGAGCAGAGGGAUGAAAAUGAAACCAGAGCUGCUGACCAAUGCUCGAGCUAUAAAAGGGGCGUUUCAUGUGAUGUGUGUGUUGGAAAAAGGGUCAGGGCUCAUAAAUCGUGCCUGGACUGUUUGGCCUCCUUCUGUGAGACCCACUUGGAGCCACAUCAAGUUCUGGCCACUUUUAAGGCACAUCAUCUGAUCAACCCAGUGCUGACAAUUCAAGACAGAGUGUGUAGGAAACAUGAGAAACUCAUAAGCCAGUUCUGCCACACUGACCAGACAUAUGUAUGUGACGACUGCAUGAAGAAAGACCACUGUGGUCAUCAUAGUGUGCCCAUAGAGGAUGAGAGCAAAGACAGGAGAGCUCAAGCUGUGGGGAUAAGUAAGGAGGUGGCAGAAAAGAUCCAGGAGCGACUGCAGAAAAUCAGAGAUAUUAAAGAAGUUGUCGGGCUCAGCAAAAGAAACACAGAAACAGAGUUCAAAGAGAGUCUGAAGGUCUUCAACAAACUGCUCCACCUCAUCCAGAAAGGCCAAGCUGAGGUUGCGGAAAUAAUUGGUUCAAAGCAGAGACAAGUUGAAAGCAAAGCCAGUAUACUCAUCGCCGAGCUGGAGCAGGAGAUCAGUGAGUUGAGGCAGGGAAACGCUGACCUUGAGCAGCUCUCAAGCACCCCAGAUGACCUCUACUUUCUCCUGAGCUUUCCAGCUUUCUCCACACUGCCAGCUUCUGAAGACUGGUCUGACACAUGCGCAGAGGGCGCUGUUUAUGUGGGCACGCUAAGGAGGGCAGUCAGGAGAGUGGCAUGUCAGCUGGAAGAGACAGUAAAAGCUGAGGUGAAGAGGCUAUGUGAGGCUGAAUUCCAGAGGGCUCAGCAGAGUGCCGUGGAUGUGACUCUGGAUCCUGAUACAGCUCACCCCAAACUGGUGCUCAAUGAAAACGGAAAGCAGGUUUAUCACGGUGAUGCAGCACUCAAUCUCCCAGAUGACCCCAAAAGAUUUUAUCCUGGUGUCAGCAUUUUAGGGAAGGAGGGUUUCUCCUCUGGCAUCAUCUACUAUGAGGUCCAGGUGAAAGGGAAGACAGAGUGGGACAUCGGAGUUGCGCUGGAGUCGGUCAACAGAAAAGGAGGAAACACGCUGAACCCUGAAAAUGGCUACUGGGCGAUAGGGAUGAGACCGGGCGAGACCUACUGGGCCCUCAACACCACUCCAGUCCGUGUGCCCUUGGUUGAGAAGCCCCAGAGAAUUGGGGUGUUUGUGGAUCUGGAGGGGGGACAGGUUUCUUUUUACAACGUGGACACUGCUUCUCAUAUUUACUCAUUCACUGGUUACUCAUUCAGUGAAAGACUUUUCCCCUACUUUAACCCCCGACGUAAUCACGAUGGGGUCAACUCAGCUCCUCUUAUCAUCCUGCCUGUUGGUGUCUAAUUUUAGACACUAUUUAAAGCAACUGGAAAACUUCAAACUCAUUCAUAACUAAUAACUGAAAAGUAUCUGCAAACAUUUGAAAUUACUUUCAAUUUGUUUCCAAAUAAUACAGUUUCAAUUUCUGUUCACUUUUGUAACCCUGGGUUGCAAUAUUUGCAAUUUUUGCCGCAUUAUUGCAGUACUUUCCUUUUCUGUUAUUUAUAUAAAAAUUUCUCUAGUACAAUUACUUUACUAUGUCCAGGAGAAGUAGAGACCAGAGGAGUAGAGAGUCCAGGUGGAGUGAUGUGUUUCUUAAUUACCUUUCCCUUAUAAAUGACAAACUUACACAUACUGUGUAAAAUCGUGUUCAAUCUGCGUCAUAAUCAAACAAAAACCUGCCGCCCUCUUCUUCUAAGAGUUAUUGUCAGGUCACUAUUUGAUGAUGCUUGUGUAGUGCAGGUGUAGACAUAAAAGUAAACACUCUGGGAUCCUGUCAGUUCAGUGUUCUAUAGUGGUCUCAUAAUGUAAACCAGCUGAAGGAUGGACUGAAAUACUAUGUCUCAAAUCUAAUCAGGAAUUUUCCAGGGUGUCUGUGACAGCAGCAGCAGCAGCAAGGUGUGCACGUUUACAUUUAGAGUCAUGUGAGUCAGAAACAGAUUCUGCAUGUACAGCAGUCAGUCCUCUGUGAUCUAAGGUGAGGGCUGCAUUUCAUUGACUUAUUCAUCAUCGACUAAUCCAAGUGAUGAUGGCAUAUCACAUUUCAGGUCUUAUGACUGAUAUCGCACAUCGUGUGAUGUGACUAUGUGCAUGUGCACAUUGCACUCAUGAUGUUAAAACUCAGUUGGUGAUCUACUUUGCCAAGCCACCUGCUGAUGCAGCUCAUUACCUGGCCACCAACCACUGACAUAAACAAGUUGACGCAAAAUAUUGAUGAAAUGAUUGAUAAUUGUAUUGAUAAAAAAACAACAACAUAAAGUCCUGAUCUCACAGUUGCAAUGGAACUAUGAUCACAGAUUUUUAUCAGCCUCCUUGCGGUACAAAUUAACACCAAGUUAAACAUUUAAAUUCAUGGCCAAGUUUUAAAAUCCUGCUUAUUUGUAUUUAUCAUGACUUUCUACAUUUUUGCUGAUCAGUACCAUGUAUGGUUUAAUAUGAUUAGAAACUUUGGGAUGCGCUCACCAGUUCCCAUGCUGUCGCAUGAAUUGCAGAUCAGGAUCUUGCUCUCUCUCUGUCAGGGAUGGUUGGAGGCCAGUAGCUUCUCAGGCUUUUCUUAUUAUUUCACAGCUCUUACGACCAGUUGUAGAUUGGCAGAUAUUUUUACCACAUUGUCUACAGGUAGAGGUCAAACAUGUUGGACUUCUUCCUGCAGGUAGAUUUAAGACAUUGUGUGUGAUGAGCUUGUCUCUUGAUAGUUGCUGUCGACUGUUUCCUGCUGCAUGAGUUUAGGUUUUGGGUUGAUGUGUUAGAGUUUGGCUGUUUAAAAUGAUAGACUCAGCUAGUGGUAGAGAGCUAUAGUUUAGUAUUGCAUCCCUAGUUUUAAGAACAAAUGGGCCUUAUCAGCUAAUGUAAGAUUUGUAUGCCAGCAGCUUACUAUGACAUGGACAACAAAGCAAUUUUCACUCUACAUUCAGCGACCAAGCAAAAUUACUCUUUCAUCGAUAGGGCUGAUUCUGACUCAGAUUAUUCAAAUACUGUUUUCAAGGCUGUAGUUUGUUGAUUGUGUCAUAUGCUGCCAUUGUGUGUGGAUGCUAUACCUACAGCCUUGAGGAAUAGUCUAGACAGCACAGUGAGCUGUUUUUGAAUUAGAUUCUCUGAUAGUUAUGAAUGUUGCUUUUCACUGGAGUUAUUGUUUUUUGAUACAUGCAAAUGUAAUUUUUAAAAAUGGUUUAAUCUCUGUUUCUUGAUUGUUUUUAAUGUUUUCUUUUACCAUCUCUCUGUUUCAAUCAAAGUUAGUCAAGGUCUUGCAUGAUAUUUGUUGAUCCGAAUAAAGUUUGAUUACUUGUCUGAAUUGUCUGUGUUUUCUCUUUUUUUCUUCUGAGUGUCUUCUGUAAAAACCAAGGUUGAAAAAGUCUUAAAAUCAAUAUUGGAAUAAUACACAUAUGUGAGCUACAUCUGCAUGAAAUAAGGCAGGAUUUAAAGAUGUUGGCAUGUGUGUGCAGGUGGCAGUGGAGCUCCCAAGGCGGUCUCUCUCCCCGGUGUUAUGUGCUGUGAUGUGGACGCUGCUCUCCUGUGGCAUCCUGCUGGCUUUCUGCUUUUUCCUCUUCACCCUGCGUUUCAAAAACAACAGGUAGAGCACACUGGUAAACCCAUACACGGAUAAUAUAAUAAAGACAGCCACAGAAAUCGAACAUUCAACCAUGUGCUUGUGUGUGUUUAGGAUAGUGAAGAUGUCAAGUCCCAAUCUGAAUAUUCUGACCAUCUUUGGAAGCGUUCUCACCUACAUCAGCGGCUUCUUAUUUGCUGUUGAUGAACAAAGUGACUCUCAUGGUGGAGCAUCCACAGCAGUGCUACAGGUAACCCCUCCAGCCGCCAUCACUCAUGAGUAAUAUACUUGGAUUAACCAGGGUUGGAUAUUCAAGCAGACUGUUUUCUUGCAGGCUCGAGUGUGGACCCUUUGUGUUGGCAGUACUCUGGUGUUUGGUCCUAUUUUGGGGAAGACAUGGAGACUGUACAGAGUCUUCACUCAGCGAGUGCCUGACAAGAGAGUGGUAAGUCUGCUCCACCAGCCCCCCUGGUGGCCAUGUGUAUGAUGACCUUAUGUAUACCUUGUAAUGAUUUCUCCUGAGGGGGCAUUAAAAACUUAAAUAUGUUAUCAGGGACUAACUUUAGAAGUUUGCAUAGUUUUUUUUUUUUCAUAAAAAAUCUCUCAAUGAAAAAUAGCAGAAGAAACAUAUCAGAAGUUUUCUGGCCCAAGACUCAGAUCUCCUUUACCUUUAGAUUUACUGAGAUUUUUUAGUCCAUGUUUACCGAUUAUACUUCUUAAAUGGAAAUCCAAACAUCAGACAUCUUAAACUUAAACUGGCUUGGGGCCAUUGUUGGUACUGUCAUCUUAAAGGAGGUCCACUUCAAAGUUCAAGCAGCAAACAUUCAUUUAUUCCCUGUAUUAUCAUUUUGUCAUAUUUCUCAAAAAAUGCUGUCAGUUUGUAUUCACUGUAUUUUAUCAGUUUCCUUUUACCUCCUAGGACAAAUAAUUUGCACCUCAACAAGUUUUAAAAUUGUGAAAAGUUUUUUUUUCUUUUUUAACGUGCAAAUGUUCAUAUUUUGAAAUAGCCCUCGGACCCGCAGUUUGAGAUCUUAACUUUAUUAUCCAUUACUUUAUAAAAGAUCAUGUAGGAAGGAGGGGCAGAGGAAAAUGCUGUUAAGUAACAUUUGUUUUGAUGCUUACAAUGACGAUGACUCUACUUUCGGCCUCAGAUCAUCCGAGACAUCCAGCUGAUGGGGAUGGUGGCUCUGUUGAUCCUGGUGGACUUCCUGGUUCUCACUGUCUGGAACCUCAUGGAUCCCAUCAGGUGUUCACGAUCUCUGAGCGCUGCUGUCAAGGUAGAAUAUAAUCAGGGUUUUGAUAACUCAUACUACUUGUUAAAUAUUGAAAGAAAUGUUGCCAUUAUACCCACAGGUUACUCUACCUUCUUCAUAGUAAUGUAUCAUGAAGUUAUUUAAUGACAUAAUUUCACGUUGGUGAUGCUGUUUCUCCUGAUCUAGGUGGUGGAGGGGGACAUUUCCUACUCUUUGUCUCAGUUGGACACCUGCUCCUCCUUAUACCCAGAUCUGUGGGUCAUCCUUAUUGUGGUUCAAAAGGUAAUUAAGAUAUCUUCUAUUAAAAUGCAGCGUCAGGGUAGAAAAAAUCAUGUAGCAUUUUAAGGCAUUUUUCUAACUUGAAUGGAUUGCAUGGAAACACAAAUGGUAUUAUUAUUUUUUAAUUAAUGGCUUAAGUUUACACAGAUAUCAAAUGUAAGUAUACUGUAUACAUGUUACUUAAAGUUGUGCGUACAGCUCUGAACCAGCCACCAACUUCCUUUUAUCUUUGUCUUAUCUCCAUUUCUUUAUUUCUAUUCAGGGUUGUCUCCUCCUCUAUGGGACGUAUCUUGCUGGACUGACCAGCACCGUCAGUCACCCUCCAGUCAACCAGUCCCCCACCAUCAUAACAGCCGUCACUCUGGUCACCCUCACCUCAGCUGUGGCUGUUCCUGUCUCCAUUUUCCUGCAAGCUUAUCCUAACCUGGUGUACAGCACUGUGGCUGGAGCUAUUUUCAUCAGCACACUGGCUACUAACUGCAUGCUGUUUGUACCUCAGGUAAGAACAAAAGCCCACGUUUUUUUUUCAUGUGACGAGAGAUUAAGGUCUCUUUUGGGAAGUUUGGAGAAAGACUAGGUUUCGUCUUUAUCUUUGAAGAGACAUGUUUGACAUUAACUUGUAUUUAGUGGAGACACAAGCACUUUUUCAGAGACUGCGUUACAAACAGUCAGUCAGUUAGACAUUUUUAAUACAGAAACUCAGACAUAUAACAGACAGAGACAUGACAUAUUCUUGUCUGACUUUCUCUCCUUGUUUUGAUGAAGUUGUAAAUCUCAUGAUCGGUGCUAUGGCCCCCACAUCUCUUUUUCCGUAAGCGUGCCAGUGUGUCGACUCUAUCAGAGGAGAGUGACUCACACAGAAGGUGUUUAUGAGUCAAAUCUACGUAGGCUGCUGCAAACAGGUUUAUGAGUCUUGAAGUGUCUGGCAGUGGGUUUGUGUUACGAUAAAGGAAUGCCUCCCCAGCGGAAAGGGAGGAAAUAUUUGAAGAGUGAGCAAUGUGCUCAAACACACCUGGUCACAAAGGUUGUUGAAGGAUCCUGGAAACAUUUACUACUAAUGUGUGAAAUGUAUCUUCAGAUGACAGUUGUUGUAACAAACUUAUUUAAAGCUCCCUCUGCCUCUUGCUUUCAUUGCCAUGCAGCUAACACAGUGGAGGCAGUUUGAAGAUGAUCAAAACAACCCGAGUCAGAUGGCAAAAUAUUUCAGCAGCCCCAGUAAGAGCCAGCCAUCCGUGUACAGCCAGGAUGAGAUCUACUUUCUGCUGGGGGAGAACAGCUCUAUGAAAAAGCUCCUGAAUGAGGUACUGCGCUGUUCAGCAAUCAUUCAAAAAUACAAAGGAAAAAACCCUGUGGAGCUUAAGAGGUGCUGCCCUUCAAUUUGAUAUCAGUGUGAUCAAAGUCCAGGUAUUAGUUUUAAUAGAGCGCUGAUUAUCUUGGUUACACUUCAGCUUCAUAGUAUCAGUGGUGGAAUCUAAGGAUAGACAGCCUAUCCUGAUACAACCGAGACCUAUUUCUGAAUUGAACCCUCCUCCUGUGUUGGGGUCUGUACCGACCCGUUUUUGUUUUUAAAUGCUUAAAAGAAGCACAUAAAUUAGAUUUUGCAUCAAGACUUUUUGACUUUGUCAGGAACCUCUAUUUUAACAAAAUAAAUUAACUUUACUCAAUUAUAUAAUGCUCUUAUUAAAUGUAAGGCACUUGUCGUGUUAGGGUCGCUGUUGACCCGGUUAGAUUUUAAAAAACUAAAAUCAUAAGUCAAAUCCUCUUCCAAUCGUGUGAGAUUUAGGAAAUUCUCAUUUUUCCAUGUUUUUCCCUACACAAAAAACAACGUCGGGCAUGUCCAGACAUGUAAGAUCAAUUCAGUAUAGAUGUCUGUAUGAGGGGUAUACUGACAAAGAAAGGCCCAGAGAACCACAACAAAAAAUAUUAUAAACAAUAUUUUCAUGGAUAAUGAAGCCUAACAAAGUAACCUAGAGAAGAAAACCAAAUUGGAUGAUAGAGAAAUGUUUUUAGUGUUAUUUGCAGUUGAUUUAAAACACGGGUCAAAACUGACCCUUAACAUAGGUGCGUAGUAAAAGCUGACACAGGUGGAAAGUUUAGCCUUUUGCUGUCUUAUUUUACAAUAACUAUUUAAUUUUCCAAGUAGCUCUUGGGCGUCAAAGUACCAGGAUGGACAUACAGUUUUGGUUUUAUUGUGAUCUAGCCUUCAGACCCUGUGACAACUGCAGUGCUGACUGUAUAUUUAAUUGUAGUAUCAUUUUAAUCAAUUUGCCAUGUUAGUAUGAAAGACAAGAAUUAUAGAGUAUAUUUUGGGGAUCUAUUGAAAAAGAGAAAGCCAGAUGUAAAUCUAUCAAUCCAGUCUAAUUCAAUGACAGGGUACUUAAACUUGUGUUUUUGUUGUGAUCUCCAGAAGAACGCGGUGAUUGACAGCUUACAGGAGCAGGUCAACAACGCCAAGGAUAAACUUUUGAGACUCAUGUCAGCCAGCCAGCCACCCGAGGACCAGGAUACGGAGUCCUCCAACACCAACCUCAACUCAUCCUCCACCCAGACCACAGAGCUUCAGUCUGACUGGAUGUCUUCUUCCUCUCUACCUCAGAAGGACGCUCUAUCCCAACUUUCACCACUUCCUCCUACUGCCGCUAUUGCACCAUCAUCUGCAAUUCCACCUUCUUCUGCUCCCAAAUCUCCACCCCCUAUUUCUGCCUCUUCUCCUCUUUGUAAUGAUAUAUAUGAGGGUGAAAACAUUAAAAGUGUAACUAUAACUUGCACUCCAGGUGGAGACAAAGCUGAUUCCAGAGCAGGAGAUCCCAAAGAGCCUGUGUCCCUUAAGUCUCAUGGGUUACUAAGGACAGCAGAAGAGACAGUUCACUUUGUCACUUCUCUACAAUCUCACAGAGGAUUGAACCCCUCUAAGGUUGAAACUCUCAACAACCAGAGUGGCCUAACACUCAACCCGGGACCAAAUUCCAGACCAGCUGGUUUUGUCAGCAGUGAGCAGUUGCAGGAAGUCCUCCAGGAACUGAAUGUUGAUGCAAUUAUGGAAACCGCACUUCGAUCUCCUGGUCAGACAUCCAGAGUGUCUUCUCAGCUUAAAUAUCCUGAGGCUUCUGCACUCUCCCCACUCUCUCUACGGACUCCACGCUCCCCUCAUCCACCUCUUCUCUUCCGCUUUCCCAGCAUCUCCCCUUAUGCGAUGAGGAAACGCCGGCCACCCUUUCGCUCCUCCAGAAGAGGUUUUGCUCCUUCUUACUUCUACACAGGCUCAGAGGCUGCAGGCUGUGAAAGGACAAAGGACAAAUGUGGCCUUCAGGGUAGAGGAAAGCAUUCUGAUGGUGCUGUUGGAGAGGGCACCCUCAUUCAGGUUGAAGACUCCGACCUUGAGAAGGAGGAGGAAGAGGAGGAGGAGAAUGCAGAAGGGAACAAAGGGAUGAGGAAAUGUAGGAGAUGUGUUUUAAGGUCCCAUAGAUUUCACACAGGUCCACUGGAUGUGGAAGGAGAUGGUGAAAAUAGUCAAAACAGGCGGAUCAGAGACUCCUGUGGGUACUGGGACUCUGACUCUAGCAGCUCAACAGACUACUGUUACUACCACCGUCCCUAUUGUGACUCCUGCCUUCAGCGAGGAUCCUUCAUGACCUCUGACACCUCCUCAGACACCUCUGACAGCGAGUAUGAGGACUAUGCUGGCCUGUACCGCUCCCCACACCCUGUGGUGUUCAAAGAAGACCUCAAACCUACCUUUGUGUGA